CAUGUGCAGUUCCGGGAGACCGGCGGCGGUGUGAGCUGUGGGCGGUGGCGCCGGUAGUGGGGGAGUUGCUGCUUUUGCGGCCACAGGCUUUUUAUUGAUUCAAGUAACACCAGUUACCAAUGCUCCAGGUACUACAGAACAAAACCCACAACCUUCACUGACAUUAUACAGGACUCUUAUGAGCAUUUAAUGACAUCGGAGCAUUUGGCAGAGUUGAGAAAAAAUUACUUUUUUCUGAACUUCUAUGAAGAAUGCAAAUGAUCAAAGUGUGAGCUUCAAUGCUUUUGUCCAUGAAAACUCUUAGAGAAGAUGGCUGAUGUAAGCCUGAAGGAGGCAGCACUAAUAGUUGGUGUGGUGGCAGCCUGCUACUGGAACAGUCUCUUUUGUGGGUUUGUUUUUGAUGAUGUUUCAGCAAUUUUGGACAAUAAAGAUCUGCAUCCUUCUACUCCACUAAAAAAUCUGUUUCAGAAUGACUUCUGGGGCACUCCAAUGUCUGAGGAGAGAAGUCAUAAAUCUUACCGUCCCCUUACAGUUCUUACGUUUCGUUUAAACUACUUGUUCAGCGAGUUAAAUGCAGUUUCUUACCACUUCCUAAAUCUGGUCUUCCAUGUGGUGGUUUGUGUAGUCUUCCUCAAGGUCUGUAAGCUUUUUCUGGAUAACAAGAGCAGCAUAGUUGCAUCCUUGCUCUUUGCAGUGCACCCAAUACAUACUGAAGCGGUUACUGGAGUUGUGGGCCGAGCAGAGCUUUUGUCAUCUAUCUUUUUCCUAGCUGCAUUUUUGUCAUACACAAAAUCUAAAGGGCCAGAUAAUACCAUAGUGUGGACUCCAAUUGCAGUGACUGUGUUUCUAGUAGCUGUUGCAACACUGUGUAAAGAACAAGGAAUAACGGUGGUUGGGAUAUGCUGUGUCUAUGAAGUAUUUAUUGCUCAAGGGUACACCUUGCCAGUGUUAUUGGACACAGCUGUACAGAUUCUUCGAGGGAAGGGCAGUAUUCCUUUCUCUAUGCUCCAAACACUAUUGAAGCUCAUAGUCCUAAUGUUCAGUACACUGCUGCUUGUAGUUGUCAGAGUCCAGGUUAUCCAAUCUCAACUUCCGGUGUUUACAAGGUUUGAUAACCCAGCUGCUGUUAGUCCAUCACCAGCAAGACAGCUGACUUUCAACUACCUCCUCCCCGUAAAUGCUUGGCUUCUUCUCAACCCCUCAGAAUUAUGCUGUGACUGGACAAUGGGAACUAUUCCUCUCGUGGAGUCUUUGUUAGAUGUUAGAAAUGUUGCCACCCUUACAUUCUUCUGCUUUCUGGGAUCUUUGCUUGUCUUCAGUCUGCGAUAUCCUGGGGAUUCCUCCAAGACUGUAUUGAUGGCACUCUGCUUAAUAGUACUGCCUUUCAUUCCUGCAUCAAACCUCUUUUUUCCUGUUGGGUUUGUGGUAGCAGAACGAGUGUUGUAUGUUCCUAGCAUGGGAUUCUGCAUUUUAGUAGCACACGGAUGGAAGAAAUUAUCAAAUAAAAGUGUGCUAAGAAAAAUAUCUUGGGUUUGUCUGGCUGCUGUACUGUUCACUCAUGCCUUAAAAACACUGCACAGAAACUGGGAUUGGGAGUCAGAGUACACAUUGUUUAUGUCGGCUUUAAAGGUAAAUAAGAACAAUGCAAAACUAUGGAACAAUGUGGGGCAUGCGUUAGAAAAUGAAAAGAACUUUGAAAGAGCACUGCAGUUCUUCAUACAAGCCACACAAGUGCAGCCAGAUGAUAUUGGAGCCCACAUGAAUGUAGGAAGAACUUACAAAAACUUAAACAAAACUAAAGAAGCUGAAGAAUCAUAUAUGAUUGCUAAAUCACUGAUGCCACAGAUUAUCCCAGGUAAAAAGUAUGCAGCAAGAGUUGCUCCUAACCAUCUGAAUGUUUAUAUCAAUCUUGCAAACUUAAUUCGAGCAAAUGAAUCUCGCCUCGAAGAAGCGGAUCAAUUAUAUCGACAAGCAAUUAGUAUGAGGCCAGAUUUCAAACAAGCCUACAUCAGCAGGGGAGAAUUACUUUUAAAAAUGAACAAACCUCUGAAAGCUAAGGAAGCUUAUCUCAGAGCUCUAGAACUAGACAGAACCAAUGCAGACCUGUGGUACAACUUGGCAAUUGUUUACAUUGAACUGAAAGAUCCAACAGAAGCCCUGAAGAAUUUCAACAGAGCACUAGAACUCAACCCUACACACAAACUGGCAUUAUUCAACUCAGCACUGCUAAUGCAGGAAUCUGGUGAAGCUCGGCUUAGACCUGAAGCUAAGCAAAGGCUGCUACAUUAUGUGAAAGAAGAACCACAGGAUGCAAAUGGGUACUUCAAUUUGGGUAUGCUGGCAAUGGAUGACAAAAAAGAUAUGGAAGCAGAGGCAUGGAUGAAGAAAGCCAUAAGUUUACAGCCAAACUUCCGCAGUGCUUUGUUCAAUUUGGCACUGCUUUAUUCUCAGACAGCAAAAGAACUGAUGGCUUUGCCCAUCCUGGAAGACUUACUGAGAUACUAUCCUGAUCAUACCAAAGGUCUAAUUUUGAAAGGAGAUAUCCUUAUGAACCAAAAGAAGGAUAUCGUUGGAGCAAAAAUGUGUUUUGAAAAAAUUUUGGAACUGGAUCCCAACAAUGUGCAGGGGAAACACAAUCUUUGUGUGGUUUACUUCGAAGAACGAGACUUAAUAAAAGCAGAAAAAUGUCUGGUUGAAACACUAGCACUGGCACCUCAUGAAGAGUAUAUUCAGCGUCACCUAAACAUAGUUAGAAGUAAAAUUGCAUCACUCGGCGCUACAGAACAGUCAUCAUUUCCACCAGGUGGGACUGCAGCUGCAGGAGGAAAAAAAAAAUCAUUUCAGAAUUUGAAAGAAGUAAAAAACGAGCAGAAAGCCACACAAACAACAAUUGAUAACAAUAAAGGACACUCGAAAAAUGGGAAACUAACAGAGAAAAACAGUAUGGACAAAGAGAUUCCUAGAAGAUCUACACAAGAAAUCAAAGACAUUGAAAAAAAGAGAGUUGCUGCUUUGAAACGACUAGAGGAAAUUGAACGUAUAUUAAAUGGUGAAUAGUCCUUAUGUCACAACAGAAUAAGGGGAGAAUGCUAUUUUUAAUGAUUGUUUAAUAUGUGGUCCAACUGGAAAGUGUUCUCAAUGCUUUGAAAAUAGAAAUAAUUUUGACUGCUUAUCACUGAGGAAGCAGCAAGAGCCAUUACAAUGCUUUAUGUGAGAAAAUGCAACUUUUAAAGAUAAUGUGGGACAUGGAUGGGAAUUGAAGCAUAAAGGAUUGAGAAUAAUCAUAAAUGCAGAAUCCUGUCAGUGAGAAAAUAGCACUCAUAAAAAUCAUUACUAGUCAGGGAUAUUCAGGAAUGCUACUUUCAAAGUAUUGGUGUAAGAAAUGAAUGCAGAAUUAAUGGGAUAAGCCAGACACUGCUGCUUUCUCCCGUAUAAUUUUCUUUGUAUUAACAUUACAUAUUUUUCAGUUUAUAUAUCAUCAAUUUAAAUCUUUCUAGACCUCUGCUGUACAUGAAAUAAGUUUUCUUUUGCAUUAUUUGAUUCCAUAACUUGUCAAAAAGUCAUCAAAAUGCCACUGGUAUAUAGGAGGAUGCAAGAAAACACUAAAAUUUUCAAUUGUGUUCUAAAUACGGAAUGAUACAACAACCUUUUAAUUGUUCUUUAUUUACAAUGCUAAUGGUUUGUACUGUUUUACCUGGUAGAAAUCUUGUGGUUCUCUUAACAUCUUUAGACUAUGAUUUUACUUUUAAAGAAAAAGUGUUUUUUUUUUUUUCAACUGUCAAACAUCUGGUUGUUUUUUUAAAAACUAUAUAAAAAAGGAUGGUUUUUUUCACUUUUUUCCCAGUUCACUGAAUGCUGAUAAAUGCAUUUCCGGUACAGUAACAAGUAUGCUAUGCAGUAGUCCUUGUCGACUUUGUAUCAGUGGCUGUGGAUUGACUCAUUGGUGUAGUAAAUUCUUCCUUGUUUAUGGCAAACUGGCUUUACUGUUUCUGUCAUCAGAACAGUAUUUCUAUUCUCAUGACUUUUUACAACACUAAUAUAAGCAAUGAUUGCUGAAGACAGUGUGUGAUAAUAGUUAAGCCGCUGAAUUUAGCAACGUUUAACACAAGGAAAUGUAGAUAGUACUUUUAAAAUACUAAGUUCUGUUGUUUUGAUACUUUGUCACGGGUGUGUGGUUUUUAUUAAAUAUUUAUUUUGACUACUAAAAUAUUCCCAUUUAACUUUUACACUAAUGCAUCAUUUUAAUUUCUUACAUGAAAUGAAAAUCUUUGCAAUUUCAGUGUUGCUUUUAUCCUUGUGCAAUGCAUAUAUUUUUGUUCAAAUAUACUACCCAUUACCUAAAACCCAUUUUUUCCUUAAUAUGAGAAGGAAAAGAAGUGUAAGAGCUGGGUUAAGUAAUAAUUUAAUUUAUCAUUAAAUCUAACUCUUACUCUUUUUA